UAUUAAAGAAACUAAAGAACAAAUGGCUGCACCAAAAGUCGAGAGUUUCUAUAUUUCCGAGAGGGCGCUCACAAACCUACUAGACCAUAUGCCGAUGCUUUUGGAACGUAUGGAUGUUACCCUUUCCCCCGCUCACUCAUCGCAGGAAUGGCUUGCGCCAAAAAAACAAAAAACAAAAAGUGGGGAAGCGCCCUUCCAGCUCUUUAACAGGACCUCAGCGCCCUUCCAGCUCAUUAACAGGACCUCAGCGCCCUUCCCCUCAAGACCCUUGAUCGGACCUCCUGAAAAGAAUAGCUGGGUGGAAAAACCCAUUACAUUGCAGUUACUAACGGACACAACACCCGGUAGCUCUAGCAGUAGCUCGGAGGACCUACCAAACAUAUUACCGUUACUUCCUGAAAUUGAAUCGAGAAAGGAGAACUCGGGAGACAAGAGUAAAGACUCGUGGAAAUCGAUGAGUGUAAUACCAUAG